AUGGAGGCGGCAGCCCUAAAGCUGCUCCCUCCGGACACGAGAGAUGAGGGCACGCAGAGGUGCAGGGUGGGACCCGCCACCCUCUCCGCUCUGGGAGCCAGGAUCGGCGCCCCGCUGAGGGUCUCCCUGCCGGCCGGCUGCUGCUUGUGCACGGCGUGGCCUCGGCACGAUUUGGCGGACGGGUACCUGCAGGUGGACGUGAGCUGCAGAACCGCGGGUGUAACUGCGGGGGACCUGAAGGGCCUCACAUUGAACAUCGGCCAGCUGAAGCUUCUGGCUUAUCGCCACUUAAAAAAGGCGGCUGUGAAAGUGGUCCUAAAGAGCUCUGCACUGAAAAAGUCGACUCCCAAAACAGUGUUGCAGGAGACCAUCAGAGAACUGCUAAGAAAUGUUUACGUUUCACUUAAUUACGUUGUUACUGUUGCCCCAAAUCUUGAAAAUCCCGUGGUGUGUAUUGAAAUACUGUCUGUAGACCCUUUGACAGAUGAAGCUGGACUCAUAACCCCCCAAACAAGCAUAAAAAUUAAGGAGGUGGUCACUUUUGAAUGGUACAGACACUUAUCUGAAUCCAGUGCAAAAACUUCAGUUGCAGGACUAGAUGAUGUGGAAAAGUCUUUGAAAGAAAUUAUUGAUCUGCCUUUCCACUUUCCAAAAACUUUCAAAAAGCUCGGGCUUUCUGUCCCUAAUGGAGUGCUGUUAAUAGGGCCUCCAGGUGUAGGGACAACUCUGUUGGUAAAGUCAGUAGCGAGAGAAGUGGGUGCCUAUCUAUUCUGCAUCAGUGGCCCAGUCAUCUAUGGUUCAAGACCAGGAGAAGGUGAAGAAAAUUUGCGAAGAGUCUUUGAAAAGGGCAGGGAGAUGUCAUGUGAAGGCCCAACCAUUGUCUUUAUUGAUGAAGUUGACUCUUUAUGCCCAAAGCGCGGAGGUUCAAACAAUGCACCUGAAGAUCGUAUUGUUGCUCAGUUGCUAACUCUGCUGGAUGGUGUAGGUAGGGAGGGUAAGAUGGUCGUUAUAGCAGCAACUAACAGGCCUGACGCCUUAGACCCUGCACUGAGGAGACCUGGCAGGUUUGACAGAGAGGUUAUUAUUGGGACCCCUACACUUAAGCAAAGAAGAUCCAUCCUGCAGUUGCUUACCUGUAGUAUGCCAGUUUCUACAGACGUGGAUUUGGUGAAGCUGGCAGAAAUGACAGCUGGGUAUGUUGGAGCUGACCUUACAGCACUCUGCAGAGAAGCUGCCAUGCACGCUUUGUUCCACAGCUCCUUGGAUUCUGCUGAAACAGUGAUUAACACAGCAGAUUUCCAAGAAGCUUUUAAAAAAAUUCAACCAUCCUCUUUUCGAAGUGCAAUUGGACUAACAGAGUGUAAACCUGUCACUUGGGAGCAAAUUGGUGGUCUGGAAGAUGUGAAACUAAAGUUAAAACAGAGUAUUGAGUGGCCUAUGAAAUUUCCUCAGGCGUUUGCUAGGAUGGGUCUGUCUCAUCCAAAGGGUAUUCUUCUCUAUGGGCCAUCGGGGUGUGCCAAAACCACACUGGUGAAGGCUGUGGCCACCAGCUGUCACUGCUCCUUUCUCUCCGUCAGUGGUGCUGACCUUUUCUCACCUUACGUUGGAGAUUCAGAGAAGAUUUUGUCUCAGGUUUUUCGCCAAGCAAGGGCAAAUACUCCAGCAAUAGUAUUCCUAGACGAGAUUGAUUCCAUCUUGGGCUCUCGGUCCCACUGCCAAACUGGCCAUGGGGUCUCGGAGCGGGUUCUUUCCGUUCUUCUCAACGAGCUGGAUGGUAUUGGACUGAAAGUCACGGAAAGAAGAGGAGGCAAGCUGCAGCUUGAGGGUCAAUGUCAACAACAAAGUGAUGAAGAAAGGAAG